ACACGAAAGCUGUUGCGGAUAAAAAUUUAGAAAAGGCUCUUAACCAAAUCAAAGACUCAUAUGCCCUAGCUAGAGAACGUAGAGAUGCUAUUAUUCAUGAUGUUUCAAACAGAAUUGAAAAAGAUAUAUCAACCAGUAAGGAAGUUUCUCAAAAAACUUUGGACUGCUUUAAAGAAGCAAUUAAUAAAUUGAACGAGACAGGGGCUUUUACUAAAUCACGUCUUGGAACUCAAAUCAGCCUGAUUUUACAUGGUAUUCAGGAGAGAUUGACACAAAAUAAAAUCGCUACUGCUGAUCAAAUUAACGCCAUUUAUGAUAAAUUAAGUGCGGCUGUUGGUGAUUCUUAUCGGUCUAUUAAUGGAACUUUAGAACGAAUUCAUAAAGAACUUAGCAAUACAAUUGGAGGUGCUGCUGAAUCUUUUAUUGAAGAAGUACGAAAUCAAUUAUCUACCGUUAAUGAUUAUCGUCUUCUGAAUCAGGAGAAAUUUCAGGGUAUACUUGAUAAUAUUGGUCAAAAAUUCCAAGGUGGCAAGACUUUAACUGUUGAACAGCUUCAAUAUGAGUCUUUGAUUUGGUUAAGAGCCUUUUCUAAAUUUUUAUCCGCAACAGCUUUC